CUCGUAUUGCAGGAUAUGUAGCUUUUGGAAUAUUUCGGUUUCCUUAGAAAAUAUUUGUUGUUGUAGUGCUUGAGGUUAGUGGAAAGUCCGUAGGGAUAGUGCAGAACCUCCCAGAGAGAUUAAUACAGGUGAAAUGUGUUGUUGCCAGGCUGGCGUUACUCAUCGUUAUCUCUGGAAGCGACAGGGAGAGGGACACAAGCAGACUGCUGCAUCUCCAUACGGUAUCCCUUCCCUGUGCCGCUUGUGGCACGGGCCUUGAGCCCGCAGCAGCCCUGAAGCAGGCAGGGAGGGGCUGAGAGCGAGGAAGGGAGGGAGGGGACAGAGGGGCUCGAGGGAGGAAGAGAGAGGAGGGGAGAGCAGUGGGCAGGAGUGCCUGUCGUUGCUCUUUCAUUUCGUUUUGGUUUAAAUUAUUGAGGGAAAGGGGGGAGAAAAAAAGAAAGAAAGAGAGAGCCUGGGCGAGAUGGACACGUCGGUAAUUUCUCUGGCUGCGGGUGCUGCUGUUUCCUCGAGGGGAAUGAAGAGGCUGAGAGAGAAAACGGAGAGUGCAGGGAGGAUUAAGUAAACGAGAGUGACAAAAAGGCGGCGUACCCAGGAGGGGCAGAUUCUGUCACUGUCUGUUGUCGCUGUGUGGGGUGAUCUGUUUUGUUUUUCUGGGAGAGACUUAGUGGAGCUGUUGCCACUGAAUUUGUUUGUAGUUACCAGCUCCCCGCUGUGAAUAGAUGUGUUCUGCCUCCUCCCAGGGAGCAGGGAGAGAGAGCGGACGGCUGUGUUGUUUCUGAGUGCUGGUGUGUGUGUUUUUCCUGUGCCACUGCCGCUGUUGGGGCUGCUGUCCCAAACUCCGGACUUUGGCUUCUGAGAGGCUUCCCCUGGCCAUCCCAGGGACAUGUGACCUGAGCACACAGACAGGCAGGAGGGCCGGGCAGGGCCGGGCAGGGCAGGGCAGGUGUGUGUGUGUGUCAGUAUGUCUGUGGCAGACCGUGUGUGACGGGCUGUUCUUCCGACUCUGCGCUGUACCCUGCCUCGCCAUGUGGACGUCUAGGAGAUGCAGACUACCUCGGAGGGCACGACUGUACAUCGUGGAGGGGGAGCCCCAGAGCGCAGAGCCGGGCAGUUUCUCCGACAGCCCGUGCAGCCAGGGCCCGUACCGCGGCGAGCGCUACGACAGCGGGCCCCCGGCAGCCCCCAGCCCCAGCCUGACCUGGGCCCAGCGCACCCGGCACCAGCCCGCCAGCCUGGCCCUGCGCAAGCAGGAGGAGGAGGAGAACAAGCGGUGCAAGGCCCUGUCCGACAGCUAUGAGCUCUCCACCGACCUGCAGGACAAGAAGGUGGAGAUGCUGGAGAGGAAGUACGGCGGGUACUUCCUGAGCCGGCGGGCGGCGCGCACCAUCCAGACGGCGUUCCGGCAGUACCGCAUGAACAAGAACUUCCAGCGCCUGCGCAGCUCGGCCUCCGAGAGCCGCAUGUCCCGCCGCAUCAUCCUGUCCAACAUGCGGCUGCAGUACUCGUUCGACGACCGCGAGCAGCAGCGGCAGGCUCAGGGCUACCACGCCCACCCGCAUGCGCACCCGCACCCCCUGGCCUCCUCCAACCCCGAGCUCGACAGCUGCAGCCCCCCCUGCGCACAGGGGGGCGCCGGCGAGUACCGCGGGGAGCCCACCGACCUGGAGGACUCCUUUUCCAAACAGGUGAAGUCUCUGGCCGACUCCAUCGAUGACGCCCUCACCUGCCGCCCGAGCCGCCCGGACUCCCACGAGGGCAGUGGGGACGGGGGCCUGGAGGGCGAGGAUUUUGGGGAGUGCAUGUGGGGAGGGGGAGGGGGCAGCACCCCCUCGUCCCGGAGAGGAGGGCCCGGCGGGGAGCGGGGCGCGGGGGGCGGGCCCCUGGCUAUGCACGAGGACAGCACGGCCACCUCCUACAGCGACGUCACGCUCUACAUGGACGACGGCCUGCCCUCCUCGCCCCUGUCCCUGGACCGAGCCCCCAGCAGCACCGACACGGAGUACUGGGGGAUGGGGGGGGGCGUGGGGGGCCGCGAGGACAGUCGGGACACGGAGGGGGGCGGCAGCAACAACAGCCGGCGCAGCACCCCCUGCACGGAGUGCCGGGACUACCGCCUGCGCGGGGCGCACCUCCCCCUGCUCACCAUCGAGCCCCCCAGCGACAGCUCCGUGGACAUGAGCGACCCCGCGGGGCCCCAGCCCCCCACCCCCGUCGCCGCGGCGCCGCCGGGAGGGGGCCUGGGGAACAGCAUGUCGGCCCUGAACUCGGGAUCGGGGGAGCCGUGCUGCUCCGACGGGGAUAACGACUCCCUCAACAGCACCACCAACUCCAACGAGACCAUCAACUGCAGCUCCGGCUCGUCGUCCCGGGACAGCCUGCGCGAGCCCAUGCCCCCGCUGGGCAAGCAGACCUACCAGCGGGAGAGCCGGCACAGCUGGGACUCGCCCGCCUUCAACAACGACGUGGUGCAGAGGAGGCAGUACCGCAUCGGGCUCAACCUCUUCAACAAGAAGCCGGAGAAGGGGAUCCAGUACCUCAUCGAGAGGGGCUUUGUGUCGGACACCCCCGUGGGGAUCGCCCGCUUCAUCCUGGAGAGGAAGGGCUUGAGCCGGCAGAUGAUCGGGGAAUUCCUGGGCAACAGGCAGAAACAGUUCAACAAGGAUGUGCUGGAAUGUGUGGUAGAUGAGAUGGAUUUCUCUGGGAUGGACCUGGACGAUGCCCUCAGGAAGUUCCAGGCUCAGAUCCGAGUGCAGGGGGAGGCGCAGAAGGUGGAGCGGCUCAUCGAGGCCUUCAGCCAGCGGUACUGCGUGUGUAACCCAGCCUUGGUGCGGCAGUUCCAGAACCCAGACACCAUCUUCAUCCUCGCCUUCGCCAUCAUCCUCCUGAACACCGACAUGUACAGCCCGAACGUCAAGGCGGAGCGCAAGAUGAAGCUAGAAGACUUCAUCAAGAACCUCAGGGGUGUUGACAACGGCCAGGAUAUUCCCCGGGAUAUGUUAGUGGGAAUCUACCAACGAAUCCAGAAGUGGGAGCUGCGUACCAAUGAUGACCAUGUGUCCCAGGUCCAGGCUGUGGAGAGAGUCAUUGUGGGCAAGAAACCUGUGCUGUCCCUGCCCCACCGCCGGCUGGUGUGCUGCUGUCAGCUGUAUGAGGUCCCUGAUCCCAACAGGCCCCAGCGGAGUGGCGUUCACCAGAGAGAAGUCUUCCUUUUCAAUGACCUGCUCGUGGUGACUAAGAUCUUUCAGAAGAAGAAGACCUCAGUGACAUACAGCUUCAGGCAGUCAUUUCCUCUAGUGGAGAUGCAGGUGCACCUGUUCCAGAACUCCUACUACCCCCACGGAAUCCGGCUGACCUCGGCGAUCCCAGGCGGGGAGAGGAAGGUGCUUAUUGUCUUCAACGCCCCCAGCCAGCAGGACCGCACACGCUUCUCCAGCGACCUGCGGGAGAGCAUCGCCGAGGUGCAGGAGAUGGAGAAAUACAGAGUGGAGUCGGAACUGGAGAAGCAGAAGGGUGUGAUGAGGCCCAGCCUGGUGAGCAGUGGUCCCGUGGGAGGGGGUGUGAAGAGCGAGGCUGUGAACGGCACCCUGGGAAGGCCCAGCCUGGAUGACAGCUACACGGCCGGAGAGGGCCUGAAGCGCACCGCGCUCAGCUCUUCCCUGCGAGACCUCUCCGAGACAGGGAAGCGCGGCCGCCGGAACAGCGUGGGAUCCCUGGACAGUACCAUUGAAGGCUCCAUUAUUAGCAGCCCCCGCCCUCACCAGAGGCUGCCGGUGGGGGGCGUGCCCGGCUGCUUUGGACUCGAGGAAUACCGGCCUCACCGCCCCAUCCUGAGCCCCGGAGUGGGGGUGGGGGGUGGGCCGGGGCAACAGUCCGCUGCUGGGGGGACCAGCAGCAGCAACAACAACAGCGGAGGGGGUGGGGGGAGCGGAACUGGGGUCAGCAGUUCGGGCUCCUUCCUGGGCUCUCUCUUUGGGACGAAACGUUCCAAACCGGGGCCCAUUAUCCCCCCGGGGCCACACUACCCCGCCCCCGUGCCUCCACCGACUACUGGAGGACCCCCUCCUCACUCCCCGUCCUCGCUCAGCCAGAGCGAGGGCGGCCAGUCCAAGAUCCAGGCCCUGCACGCGCAGUACUGCCACAGUGGCACAGGGGGCGCUGGGGGACAGUCGGCCAACUCCAGUCAACCACCCCCACCCUACCAUCAUCACCACCGCUACCACGUGCAAACCAUCCCCUCCGGACCCCCUCCUGGCCAGGCGCCACCUCCCCCUCUGCAUCACACUAUUCAAAGAGGUUCUUUGCCCAAGCGGCCCCCCCAAACGCAGCUCCAGCAGCAGCAGCAGCAGCAGUUAGCACAACUCUCCCAGCUGGCUCAGCUUUCCCAGCAUGCAAUGCAAGGUCGCUACGCCAACCUGGCUAUGGCCAACCUGGCCGGCAUGGGCCCCCCCCCCCUUUCUCCUCACUCCCCUCAUUCUCCCCUCCCACAGUACACUGCCGUGUACCCCGUAGCACAUUCGCAACACUCUCCACACCCCGCUGCCCUGCAGCAGCAGCAGCAGCAGCAGCAGCAGCAGAGAGGCAAGCCGCCUCAGCCACUGGCUCACUCCCACCCCCACGCACACACCCACCCGCAUGCGCACACACACCCCCACGCUCACGCACACACCCCCCACCCCCACACGCCCCAGCAACACUUCGUAUUUACCUCCGCCAGCGGCCCACCCCGGCACCUGCCCCAAGCCGCCCAGCACUCGCAGACAAUGUGGUAUCCUGUUUUCAACGGCGCUGAUCUUAAUCUGAUCGGAACACGCCACCGCAUCGGCGUCGAAGACACGGCUGCGCGGCCCGUCCGGCAGAACUCGGAACACGCGGCCCACGCCGAGGCGGGCUUGCAGGAGGGCGCCCCUUGA